AUGCUAGCUGCGUACAUAGCUGGACAAUGUUUACAUGUUUACUUGAUAAUCUUGGUGAGGAGUUUGCUGAUUAAGUUGAAGAUCUCGGACUCCCAUGCAUAUGAGAAUCAGCUUCAACAAAUCGUCAGUGGCGAAUUGAAGGCUGAAAGUAAUGGAGUGUACCCAAGCACAGUGGUACCUAACAAUGAUGCGAAGAAAGAAGAAAACCAGAAAACCAGCGCACUUGGCUGCGUUUAA